UCGCUUCUUAUUUCUCAAAUGGGUAUCCUGCCUUGCUGCAGUUCUUUACCUUAUGCCAAACCCAUCUUGUUGUCCAAACAUCCAGCACCUAAGCUCCCAAAACCAUUGGACCAACACAGUCAGAGUCUUAAAUCAGUUACUACCCAAAACAAUAUCCUCUUGUCCUCUUAUUCCAAAUCCAGAAGUUUGGAUCAGACCAUCCAACUCUUUGGUCUCCUCUCCCUCCGGAACACUGUUACAUGGAACAUAGUCAUAUCGGCAUGUUCACGCAAAGGUUGUUAUGCAGCUGCUCUCAAUCUCUUCUUUGAUAUGGUCAGCUCUUCCUCUUACCAACCAGACACCCUUACAUUCAGAACUGUUCUCAGGGUAUGUGAUGAAACAGACAAUUAUCCACUUGCUUUGCAAAUCCAUGCUUUUAUGGUAAAGCUACCAUUUUUGUGGUCUUCUGAUUUGAUUACUGGCACUUGUUUAAUCAAGCUUUACUGUAAAUUUGGAGAAAUGAAAGUUGCACAGGAUAUAUUUGACAUUAUUCCUCAAAGAGACAUUGUUGCUUUCACCACAGUGAUGGUGGGCUACACUGAGGUGGGAAAUUAUGAGGAGACAAUAAGGUUGUACAGAAUUAUGGUGGAGAGGGAAAAUUUGGUUCCAAAUGAUUUUGCCUUAACCGGUUGUUUAAAAGCUUGUGCUAGGGGUAGUUUUUUGUUUGAGGGGAAACAAAUACAUGCUUAUAUUGUUAAAGAAUCUCUGCAGUCUGAUGUAUUUGUUGGUACUGCCCUGAUUGAUAUGUAUGCUAAGUGUGACAGAAUGGAAUUUGCUGAAAAGUUGUUCUUUGAGACUCCAGCUCCAAGUGUGAUUUCAUGGAAUGCUUUAAUGGCUGGUAAUUUGGGUGAUGAAAAAGUUCUACUGUUCUUUUCUAGGAUGUGGGAGUCUGGUGCAAGUCCUGAUCAUGUGACUUUUGCCACUGUACUUCGAGCCUGUAAAAAUGUUAACCCGACUUUAGUCCAGCAGAUACAUGGUCUUCUCACAAAAGUGAUGGGGACUGAAGUGGAUGUGUUUGUAGGUGAUGCUCUUUUUGAGUUGUAUAUGAAUCAUGGAUGUGCAUCAGAUGCCAGAGAAGUUUUUGAAAGGAUUCACCAUAAAGAUGUUAGGGCUUUCAACAUGGCAAUCAAAGGGUGCAUUAUUAAUGGGUUUAUAAAUGAAGGAAUUGAUUUGUUUCAUGAAGGCCUGCAGAUGGAAAUGGUGCCAAAUGAAGCCACAUUAUUAUCACUUGUUAGAAGAGUACAAGACCUGAAUCAGGGGAAGCAGUUGCAUGCUCUAGUCAUCAAAUUUGGGUUUUCUGCUGCUACUGGGGAUGGUCACGGUGCUUUGGUAGCUAGCUCACUCAUUGUAAUGUACACGGACCACCGGUGCUUAGAUGAUGCAGUCCAACUCUUUAAUAUAAUUCAUGCCCCUGACCUGGUUUUAUGGACCUCUAUCAUCUCUGGUUUUUCUAGAAGUGGGGAAUUUGAAAAGGCCCUAGAACUCUAUGUUCUCAUGUUGUUGGAUGGACCAGUAGAACCCCCAAAUCAUUUCACCUUUUCUAGUGUCCUGCAAUCAUGUGCGAACCUAGCUGCAGUUGAAGAAGGAAUGCAGGUUCAUGCUCAGAUUAUUAAGUCUCAGUGCCAGAUAGAAUCGGACCUUUUCAUUGCCAAUGGCUUGGUGGAUAUGUAUGCCAAGUGCGGAUACAUUACAGAAGCAAGAAAGCUUUUUGAUAAUAUGACGGUGAAAGACCUAGCCUCAUGGAAUUCCAUGAUUACAGGCCUAGCACGAAAUGGAAAUGGAGAUACAGCAAUAGAAAUUUUCGAAGAAUUACUGAGAACACCAAAUCUGCAGCCCAACCAUGUAACAUAUGUAGGAGUCCUAUCUGCAUGCAGCCACACUGGCCUUCUGAAAACUGGGUAUCGAUAUUUCCAUAUGAUUGUGGAACCAACAAUUGAUCAUUAUGCAUGUCUGGUUGAUCUCCUUGCGCGGGCUGGACAUCUGGAGGAAGCAACUAAUCUCAUAAAAGAAAUGCCUUUUGAACCAAAUGAAGUUAUAUGGUCAUCAUUACUUGCAGCUAGUUGUUCUUACGGGAACAUCGAGCUGAGUGAGUAUUCAGCAGAACAUCUCUUAAGUAUGAACCCAGAAGAUCCUGGUACGUAUGUUGCACUCUCUAAUAUGUAUGCUGCAGCAGGAAGAUGGGAGGAUGCCAAUAAGGUUAGAAAUUUAAUGAAAGAUCGAGGAGUGAAAAAACUCCCUGGUCGCAGUUGGUUAUUGAUAAAUGGGAAGACCCAUGUUUUCUUUGCAUCAGAGAAAUGAAGCAUGACUGACUAAUGAAGUAGAAAUCCAGACAUUUGCGGGAGGGGAGAUCCAAAUACCAUGCACUGGGUAUACUUCUGCCUGAGAUGUUGAUAGAUGUGCCGAGGAUUCUAUUUCCGAAGGAUACCAACUGAGGAUGUGAAAUAUCAGAAUCUUGGAGAAUCAGUCCCUCCUCUCAGAAGCACACGGUUCCCUUUUUUUUUUUUUUUGUAUCUUUAUCUCUUCUGUUAAGUGAUGUAGAUAUUUGUAAUGUUCUUCCCAAUCUCUAUCCCUUUCAUCAAGGGAUCAUUAUUGUAAACACAUAUACAUGUAUACGUUGUAAUUGACUCAAGAAACAUACAGACAA